AUGGCUAACUCUCCCCAUCAGCAAUACACCAGGCAGGAAGACUGGCUGCUACCCCAGGACUGGAGCUGGGGCUGGGGGAGCCACUCUGACUCAACUUCACCUACCUCCUCUUCUGAUUCCUAUAGCUCAUCCCCAUCCUAUGGACAACCAAGCACCACAGAAAGCCUUCCCCAGCCUCUGGACUGCCACCUUCAAGAACCCCCUACUUCUGUCCCUUUCCAAAGGAGCAGAAGAGAACGAGGUGGCCCAGGCAAUGGGCAGAGGCAGAGUGCCAGUGAGCGUGAGAAGCUGAGGAUGCGCAACCUAUCCCGGGCCUUACAUGAUUUGCGGCGCUAUCUACCACCCUCAGUGGCACCUGUUGGACAAAACUUGACUAAGAUCGAGACCUUGCGGCUGGCUAUCCGCUACAUUGGUCACCUGUCAUCCCUUCUGGGACUCAGUGAGGAGAGCCUAAGGCACCGAAGAAGGGAAGGGGCAAUGCAGAGCUGCCCACUCUGCCCUGACAGGCUGGGCUGUUGUUCAGACCGGACCCAGAGCCUCAGUCCAAUCUCCCAAGCUUCUAGGGCCUACUCUCCCCAGCUCCCUGGAGCCUGGGGGUCCCCAUCUUCUUGCCCAUUAGUUCUGCCCCAGUCCAAGCAGUGUGGGGAACAGAACCUUGAUACCAUAUCUUGGGGUUCACCUUCUUACUGCUCGGGAUCACUAAGCAGGUUAGAUCUGCCAGGAGGAAGACAUCAAGCUUCAGAAUUUGAGAAUCUUCCCCCUGCCUGCCCUGGAAUACAGACCCUACCCAAGUUACACUGGGAAAAAACCACCGAAGCUGCUUCCUGGGCAAUAUCUCCACCCUCCUCUGAGUUGACUACUCUAUACCAGGUCAUCUCCACAUCUCCAGAACCCAGUUUGCCAGCUAGCACAGGACCUCAUCAGUCACAGCCCGUGCCCCAGAGAUGUCAACCAGAGCUGCCAGCACAGUGGGGAUGCUGGGGUUACAAUGGCCUGGCGUCUGUACAGGAAACAGACCCUUUGCUUGUGUUCAGAGAGGACAGGUCCCCUGAGUGCUGA